AUGGAGAUGGGAGCCGCAGUUAUCAUGGCGGUGCUCGUGGCCAUGCUAGUGGCUUGUGCGCCGUCGGCGGCUGCCGGAAGAGUCUGGCUCCAGGAGGAGGGAGGGAAGAACGGGACGGCGAGAAGAGAGGUCACGUACGACGGCAGAGCGCUGAUACUGGAUGGCGCCAGGAGGAUGCUCUUCUCCGGAGACAUACAUUACCCAAGAAGCACACCUGAGAUGUGGCCGGGACUCAUAGAGAACGCCAAGAAAGGUGGCCUUGAUGUCAUACAAACAUACGUCUUCUGGAAUGUCCAUGAGCCUAUCCAAGGUCAGUAUAACUUUGAAGGUAGAUAUGAUCUGGUGAAAUUCAUCAGAGAAGUCCAUGCUCAAGGCCUCUACGUAAGCCUCCGGGUUGGUCCCUUCAUCGAGGCAGAAUGGAAAUACGGGGCCUUGCCAUUCUGGUUACAUGGCGUUCCAAACAUCACCUUCAGAAGCGACAAUGAGCCCUUCAAGGUACAUAUGCAAAAUUUUGUUGCAAAAAUAGUUAAAAUGAUGAAAGAUGAAAAAUUAUAUUAUCCACAAGGAGGUCCAAUAAUCAUAUCACAGAUUGAAAACGAAUAUAAGCUAGUCGAGGCGGCAUUUCAUUCACGGGGACCACCUUAUGUUCAGUGGGCAGCAGCAAUGGCUGUAAACCUCCAGACGGGUGUUCCAUGGAUGAUGUGCAAGCAGGAUGAUGCUCCAGAUCCAAUUAUUAAUACCUGCAACGGCCUCAUCUGUGGGGAAACAUUUCUUGGGCCAAAUUCGCCUAAGAAGCCAGCUUUGUGGACAGAAAAUUGGACAUCUCGAUAUCCAUUAUAUGGUCAUGACCCAAGAUUCAGAUCAGCAGCAGAUCUUGCCUUCGCAGUUGCACUUUUUAUAGCAAGAAAAAAAGGAAGCUUUGUAAACUACUACAUGUAUCAUGGUGGGACAAACUUUGGAAGGUUUGCAUCCUCUUAUGUAACAACAAGCUACUAUGAUGGAGCUCCACUUGACGAAUAUGGCUUAAUAUGGCAAUCAACAUGGUCUCAUCUCAGAGAACUGCAUGCAGCAGUGAAGCAAUCUGAAGAGCCACUACUUUCAGGAUCAUAUUCUAAUUAUUCAUUUGGUGAACAACAGGAGGGGCAUGUUUUUGAAACAGAGUCAGAUUGUGUGGCUUUCCUAGUUAACUUUGACAAGCAUAAAACAUCAAACAUCCAAUUUGGCGAAGCAUCAUUCCAACUAGCUCCUAAAUCAAUAAGUAUCCUCUCAGGUUGCAGGACAGUAGUAUUCGAAACAGCCAAGAUAAAUGCACAGCAUGGUUUAAGAACAGCACAAAUAGUCCAGCCUCUGAAUGAUGUUGAUAACUGGAAAAUAUUCAAAGAACCGAUUCCUCCGGAAAUUAGUAACACAACACACACAGGAAAUCGAUUUUUUGAACAUCUCUCAACUACAAAAGAUGAAACAGAUUAUCUCUGGUACCUUUCUAGGUAUGAUUAUAGAUCAAUGGGGCAUGGGCAGCUAGUGCUUAAUGUGGAGUCACAAGCACAUGUUUUGCAUGCUUACAUCAACAAUGAUUAUUUAGGUAGUGUGCAUGGGAGUCAUGAUGGACCUAAAAGUAUCAUUCUCAAGACACCUAUUACGCUUAAGGAAGGCCAAAACUCCAUAUCGCUGCUAAGUGUCAUGGUUGGGUCACCGGAUUCUGGGGCUUACAUGGAGCGAAGAACCUUUGGAAUUCGUAAAGUGAGCAUACAACAGGGACAUCACAAAUCACACUCUCUGAAUAAUGAGCUGUGGAAACACCAAGUUGGCUUAUAUGGAGAAAUGAAUAGUAUCUACACACAGGAAGGAUCAUCUCGUGCUCAGUGGACAACCAUUGAUAAGUCCGCGCACCUUCCACUUAUCUGGUACAAGACAACGUUUGACACGCCAUGGGGGAAUGACCCAGUCACUCUGAACCUCAGCAGUAUGGGAAAGGGCGAGGUUUGGAUCAAUGGAGAGAGCAUCGGACGGUAUUGGGUCUCCUUCAAGACUCCUAGUGGACAACCAACCCAAUCCUUGUACCACAUACCACGAUACUUUCUGAAGCCUAGAGAGAACAACCUUGUCCUCAUGGAGGAAAUGGGUGGUGAUCCGCUACAUAUAACCGUGAACACAAUGUCAGUUACCAGAGUAUCUAGUAGUGUGAAUGAGUUAUCUAUCCCGUCACUCCUGUCACGCAGAAAGCACCCAGCAGUUCGCCUCAGGUGCCAGAAGGGCAAGCACAUCACAGAUAUUGAGUUUGCCAGCUACGGAAAUCCGGUCGAGGACUGCAGAAGCUCUGGCAGGAGAUGCCUCGGGAGUUGCCACGCGGAGACAACAGAGUUUGUCGUAAAGGAUGCAUGCCUAGGCAGGAGGAAGUGCGCUAUUCCAGUACAGCCUGCCAAGUUCGGAGGUGACCCGUGCCCCGGAAUCGAAAAAUCUCUUUCGGUUGUGGCAACCUGUGGAUGAGUAGGAUGGGGAUCACUACGUUCAUGCUGUGAUUAACCAGCAUUCCCUU